AUGGAACGUAAUUUCCUCUUCACGGUUACAUUGAUCUGCAUUGUCGUCGCCGGUGUCGGUGGCCAAUCUCCGAUCCCCGCUCCGUCAAUAUCUCCCGCCGCUCCUUCUGCUCCAACUACUUCCCCCGCCGUCACUACUCCCACUGAAGCUCCGGCGAACACUCCGGUCUCGUCACCUGUCGAGGCACCGAAAUCUCCGGCUCCUGAAAUAUCUUCACCGCCGCCGGCUCCUGUUCCCGAGAGCCCUCCUCCGGCUCCUUCACCAAAGGCUUCUGCUCCGGUGAGCUCUCCACCGGUUCCAGCCCCAGAAGCUGCUACUCCCCCGGCUCCCGAUGCCGAUGUACCGGCUCCGGCUCCAAGCAAGCAUAAAAAGACCGCGAAGAAGCACAACGCACCGGCUUCGGCUCCCGGGAUUGACAGUCCACCUGCACCACCGACGGAAGCACCCGGACCUAACUCCGACGCAGAUUCUCCCGGUCCGGCCGCAUCCGCCGACGAUCAGAGCGGAGUAGAGAGCACAAGUGUAUUGCGGAAUGUAGCGGUGGGAGCGGCUGCAACCGCAUGGGCCGUUAUCGUUAUGGCCUUCUAA